CCGGAGCCGGGCAGCGCCGCGCCGCGCCGAGAUGCUGGAAUGUUCAUGAAGUGGCGGCUGGUCGGUGGUUUUCUCUCGUUUCCCAAUGAUGGUUUAAAGUGACCCUGAAUGGACGAAGCUGCCGCCCCGGGUUGCUGUGCGAGACGCGUCUGGAGACCCGUGCGACAACAGCUGCGUCAGUCGGGGUUGUGCUCCCUGCAACAAGGCACCGCGAGUCCUCGCUGUGUCCCGGUAAACUGAGUCGUUAAUAUUGCGUCCACCUGCCCCUUCCCCACCCUGAUCGACCCCUCCCCUCCCCUCCCCCCCGAUGGAGCCCCCGGCUGAGGCGAGCGAGGUAACCGCCGCUGCCGGUGAGGAUGCCGGAGCCCCGAACGGCCAAGUGGCAGCCGGCUCCGGGGGUUGCCCCGAGUGCAGCGCCGCUGGAGCGGAGGAGGAGACGGCCGAUGGCACCGACUCCGCUGCGGUGAUGCUGAGGAGGAGGCUGCUGCAGGGAGCCCCCUGCUCGAAUCCCCCUGCCCAGGACUACCCGCGGGUCACUCAGCGGUUCGUCAGGCGGAUGGUGCCGCUGCUGCCGGCGGGGGACAGACCCUGUCGGCUGCUGCAGAGCGACGCUGACCCCGAGGCGAAGAGAGCCGCCAGAGGGGAAGCCGCAGCCGAAGGCUCGAGCACCGAGAGCCAGGCUGGGAAGAAGGGCAGCGCGACCGAGAGUGUCAGCGCCGAUGAAGAGAAAGAUGGCAGAGCGGGCGACGGCGCACCGAAAGAGCCGUCCGAUAGCUCCAAGGAACUCUCCAAGUCCAAGAGUGACGAGAACGAGGAAGAAGCUGAGAUGAAAGCGGUCGCUACUUCACCUGACGGCAGGUUUCUCAAGUUCGAUAUCGAACUUGGAAGAGGCUCCUUCAAAACGGUUUACAAGGGUCUGGACGCGGAGACAUGGCUUGAGGUGGCUUGGUGUGAGCUUCAGGACAGAAAGCUCGCAAAGGCAGAACGUCAGCGAUUUCGUGAAGAAGCGGAGAUGCUUAAGGGACUACAGCAUCCUAAUAUUGUUCGAUUUUAUGAUUCUUGGGAAGGUACUCUGAAGGGGAAAAAAUGCAUUGUACUAGUUACUGAAUUAAUGACCUCAGGAACAUUGAAAACAUACUUAAAACGAUUUAAAGUGAUGAAAACAAAAGUUAUGCGAAGCUGGUGUCGGCAAAUACUGAAAGGCUUAUAUUUUCUACACACAAGAACACCACCAAUUAUUCACCGGGAUUUGAAAUGUGAUAAUAUUUUUAUUACUGGACCUACUGGAUCUGUGAAAAUAGGAGAUUUGGGGCUUGCAACUUUAAAGCGUACUUCUUUUGCUAAAAGUGUUAUAGGUACUCCAGAGUUCAUGGCUCCAGAAAUGUAUGAAGAACACUAUGAUGAGUCUGUGGAUGUAUAUGCUUUUGGAAUGUGCAUGUUAGAAAUGGCUACCUCAGAAUACCCAUACUCAGAAUGUCAGAAUGCUGCUCAAAUCUAUCGAAAAGUUACAAGUGGAGUAAAACCAGCGAGUUUUGGCAAAGUUACAGACCCAGAAAUAAAAGAGAUCAUUGGAGAAUGCAUCUGCCAAAAUAAAGAAGAAAGAUAUUCUAUAAAAGAUCUUUUAAAUCAUGCCUUUUUUGCGGAGGACACUGGGGUAAGGGUUGAACUUGCUGAAGAAGAUGAUGGUACAAAAAAUUCAAUUGCAAUGAGACUCUGGGUUGAUGAUCCUAAGAAGCUGAAAGGCAAGCCCAAAGAUAAUGGUGCAAUUGAGUUUAGUUUUGACUUGAAUAAAGAAAAUCCUGACGAUGUUGCACAAGAAAUGAUUGACUCUGGAUUCUUUCAAGAAUGUGAUUCUAAGAUUGUUGCCAAGUCAAUACGGGACAGAGUAGCCUUAAUUAAGUGGAGAAGAGAAAGGAGUCAGCAAGUAAAUGAGGCUAAUGCACAAAGAGAAAAGAAGAACAGGGACAAAAAGAAGAACUGUUUUCAUCAAGUUAUUGAUACCCCCCAUCAAGGUCAACAUAUCCCCUCAGAAUUGGAAGAACCUGAAGCUGACCAACAUGUGUGUCCAAGUCUGCUGAACAGUAUUACAUCUAUGAUGUCUGAUAGCACUUGUGACAGUGGGCAAGGAUCAACACUUUAUUCUGACUCCCAAAGCAGCCAGCAGAGUGUAGUUUACUCAUCUGUUCAUGAGCCAGUGCCCCCUGCUGUACAGCAGAUCUACAGUCCACCUCAGAGUGAAAUUCAAGGACCUUCCAUGAACUCGCAGUCACUAGCACACUACCAGCAUGUUUCUACGCCCAGCUCUAUGAUGCAUAUUCCUUCUAUGGUUUUGCCUCCACAAUCCCACCAGCUUGGCCCUCAGCAACAUUACCAGCAACCAGCAGUGCUUCCUGCAAUGCACGUAGCACAACCCCAGCAGUUGGACCCUUAUUUCUGCACUGCAACAUACCAUUUUCAGCCGCAGGUGCCAACAGCCCAAACCUAUGUUCAGCCUGUAUCUCAGCCACUGUCACAGUAUCAAGUUCAACAGCAUCCGAUGCCAGCACUGCCAUCUCAACCUGUACAAAUGAGUCCUUUGCAAUUUUCAUCAGAACCCCUUCAGAUUAACCAACCUACUCCAACUCUGGAGAUGCUUCCUCAACAUGAUAAACAGCAGACAACAGCAUAUGGUAGUUAUUGCGAUAAUGUAUUUUCUGACGCUGCAUCGGGAAAAGAAAUGAGUGAUGGAUAUGAAGGAAUUCAUACCAGUGGAAAGCAGGAGAGUAAAAGUUCAAGAAAGCAUCAUAGGAGAUCUACACGCACUCGAUCACGACAAGAAAAGACUAAUAGGCCAAAGCUGACUAUUCUAAAUGUAUCAAAUGUAGGAGAUAAAAUGGUGGAAUGCCAGUUGGAAACUCAUAAUCACAAAAUGGUAACAUUUAAAUUUGACUUGGAUGGUGAUGCUCCAGAUGAAAUAGCAAUUUACAUGGUGGAAAAUGAUUUUAUACUGGAAAUUGAAAAGGAGAUUUUCAUAGAACAGAUGAAGGAUAUAAUGGAUAAAGCAGAAGAUAUGCUUACUGAAGAAGCUGAGGAAGAAAGAAACUCUACACAAAGUACACAUUUUCAGCAAGUUGCUGGCAAAAUUGAAACAGAGAAUCAGAUGUCAGCUUCUCACCAAUGUCAACAGAAUGUGUUGCAUACUGGCCGAAGAUGGUUUAUUAUAUGUCCAGUUGUGGAAAACUGUCCAACAAAGGAGUCGGAAUCAGCAGCAAAUGUUCCUUCAAGUAAACCACCAGCAGCUUCGACCUUGGAAACUGAAAAUGCCAUUGAAGACAAGCAGAUAGAUUCAUUAGCAACACAAAUAUCUGGUGCAGUUGCUCAUGCUACUGACAUCACCUCUGGACAUCGCAUUGUUCCUCCUCCUUCAAUGCCGGUGUUGUCUCAUAUUAGUGCCCCAGCGAAUUUGCCUGUUCCAGUAAUGUCCCCUAGUAUUCCUACACUACAAAUGGAGACUGAAGGUCAAUCUAGAAAAGAAGUGCAACAGAGUAGUCACCAGUUUCAUGAUCCUGUUUGUAAUGAAUCAGGUAUUUCAUUUCAAAGUCAGGUUGCCAUUCAUGAGCAUUUAGAACUUCAAUCUAAAACUGUUUCUCAGCUGCAAACAGAAGAAGAAUCUGAUAUAGCUUUCAGCCCCCCUUCAGUGGUGGACAUGCCUUGCUGUUCAGUUGUUGAUUCUCUUCCCAUCCAAUCAAUAUCAAUUCAAACAGAACUUUCACUUCCUACUCAAUCUGCAGACCCUAGUCCACUUCAUAGCCUUUUCUUGGAGCAACAGCCUGUUAUGCAAGCGUAUGUGCCUGAUAUCUCGCAAUCUGUUUUAGUGCAACCUUUCACAAACCAGAUUCAAUCCUCUGUUUCCAUUUCUGGGACAGUAAGUAAUACUUCGAGUUCUCAGCCACAGAGUCCUGCACCAGUACCUGCAAGUAUUAAUCAACAGUACCCAGCACAAGCACAGUCGCAAUCAAUUACUGUGACUGGUGUUAUUAGCAGUCAGCAACAGCUUUCUCUUGUAGUUGAAUCGGAUGUGGAAGGCCCACGUAAAAUUGAAUUUAUAGAUAAAACAAUAAAGUCAUUGGAUGAAAAGUUGCGUACUUUAUUAUAUCAGGAGCAUGGAGGGAUUCUUCCUGUUCAUUCAGCUACAGAAUCCUCUGAAACUGCUACUGCUACAGGAGAUGUGGGUUGCACAGAAGAGCUAUCCUCUGAACCCCCUGGUGAAGUGCUUAAUACUACAGUUUCUGUGGCUGUUUCUGUACAUGAUGUAAAGAAUAUAGAUGCAGCUAUCCAUUCUGUUUUGCCAAUUACCCAAGUUCCAGUUAUGGGAUCACCACCAAGCUUCUCUAGUCCACCUGAAAAUUUAUCAGAAGAAACUUCCAGUCAAUCUGUUUUGAGAGAGGGUCUGUACCAGCAUGUGAAAGCACCUGUAUUGCCUGUGGUUGGAGACCACACUUUGAUUGCAAAGACUGGAUUGUCUGCUGAUCAGAGUCAUACGGUUGAGAUGAAAGAGUCUACUCAAAGUUAUGCUCAACCACAAACAACUGCGUUGCCCAUGGGGACCUCAAUAAACAGUCAAGUUACCAGUGCUGACAUAACUGAGAAGGAAAGAAGUGAUGCAAUAUUUGUGAUGUCAUCUUCAGUGGAUCUUCUUCCAGUGGCAAUAGACAAGUUUCAGGUUGUUCCUUCAUCUCAGGAUACUGGUAACAGGAUUGAGUAUUAUACUAAAAGUGAAACAAAGCCAUUCAAAGUACCAGGUCCAGCAAAAGGAUAUUUCAGUACAUCAUCAGCAAAUGGUGAAAGCGAUCAAAAAACAGACAUGUUAUCUAUCAGAAGAAUCAACACAAUUGGCAGAUUUUCAGUUAUUAGUACAAAGGAUGAAGUAACUUUAAAAUAUCCUUGUCUCAAUAGAUAUUCUGCACCUCCUGGAUUAUAUACAAAGGAAUCCCUUACUAGUCCUGUUUUAAAGCCUUUGGUUGCUCGAGCUCAAACUUCAGCUCCCAAGGAAGUUAAGCUUCGGAGUCGCCUCUCUUCAGAUUCUGAUGAGUCAUUCAAUGUAAAACCAAAAGUUGUUCAAAAGUCACUUAUUUGCAAUCAGACAACCACAGAUGGAAGUUUCUCUUUACCAGGAAAAUCAAAUGCUUUGCUGAAGAGUGAUGAUAAGCAGGUAUCUGAACCUGCAGAUGGCCAAACAACAGCAGCUCCUCCAACUAUAACCAUUCAUUCUGCAUCUCCUUCCCAGUCAUCUUACAUGAGCAGUGACAAUGAUUCUGAAUUUGAAGAUGCUGAUAUGAAGAAAGAGCUACAGACACUACGAGAAAAACACAUGAAAGAGAUCUCAGAACUUCAAGUUCAUCAAAGGCUUGAGAUUGAGGAAUUGUACAGACGUUUGGGAAAACCUUUACCAGCAGCUUUAGGAUUCUUGCAAGCUGUACCACCUACAGGCCGACGACGAAGACCCAGCAAGAACAAGCUAAAAGCUGGCAAGCUACUUAAUCCACUAGUGCAGUCACUGAAGAGCGCAGCCUCCAAUACAAGUUUACAAACAAAUAGUUGUACUGCUUCUAAACAUCAAGAUUCUCCAGGUAGUUCUGAUAUGCUUGAGGCUUCUCCAUCAGAGGCUGUGCAGACACAGCAGCCGUGCUCUAUCAAGUCCUCCUUAUCCUCUGAUUAUCAAGGCUUCAUUAAUGAAAUGGGAGGUGCGGCACAAGGAGACAUUGCCCAAGGCUGGACGGUUUUCCACCAAACGUCUGAGAGAGUGACCUAUAAAUCUAAUAGCAAACCUCGUACCAGAUUCCUCAGUGGACCUGUGUCUUUGUCCAUCUGGUCUACCCUGAAACGGCUAUGCCUAGGCAAAGAUCGCAGUAGGUCUUCAAGUAGCGCUAGUACAAAUCAUUCAGUGCAACAGGUCCUGCACCAGCACCAACCCCAGCCCCAGCCCCAACAACAGCAGCCACCUCAACAGCACUCCCAAACAAACAACAGUAAUAACAAGAAGGGAACUUUUACAGAUGACCUGCAUAAGCUUGUUGAUGACUGGACCAAAGAAACAGUAGGAGCUGCACAAUUCAAGCCUUCUUUAAAUCAGCUGAAGCAGAAUCAACAUAAAUUUGAUAUGGAAGUCAAGCAGAAAAUCUCCCAAUUUGAUGGAAUAGCUGCACCAGGGAGGAUGAGGAAAGUUUCCGCUCCGAUGACGUGUCCAGCAUCAGCUGCUUUAGCACUAGGAAAGUCAACAAUACCACCAGGAAUGUCAGCCACUCCUAUUCCUGGUACAGUACCUACUUACAUGCUGCCUCUUUGUCAGUAUGGUGGAAUGAUCCCAACACCACUAUAUGGUGUACAAUGGCAAGGUCUCUCAAGUUCAGCAUCGCAGCCUGGGGUGCUAAAUACUCAAGGAAUAUCUUCAUUUCCAUCUCUCAGCAAAGGUGGCUUACAGAUGUUUCCAGUACCACUCCAGAAACCUAUUAUAAACCCAUCUGGGUCCAACAUGAGGACUACUUAGCUUUGUUAUGAAGAAUCUGAUGAUAAGGGCAUGGGGAAACAAUUUUUGAGAACCAUUUUAUUUAACUGCUUUCUUUAUACAGAUAAAAUUAAAUAUAAGAUGGUAGCUGAAUACUAUUGGCAGCCAGAGUGGGCUUGCUAGUGCACAUAGCCAUACACUGCAUUGAGCAAUCACUGUGAAAUAUUUUCACAAAGUUGCUGAAAGCUUGAUAGUUCUUGGGUGAUAGUUGCAUUUGUCUUGCAAUUCAGACACUUUAUAUUUUGCUUUGUAUAUUUAACACUAAAAUAAGUUACAUUACUUGAAUGGAUAUUGAGAUAUAUUUAAUAACCCUGCAGGAGUACAGUGCCUUGAAUUAUGCUUUUCAGUUUUCACUGGAAAGAAAUGUUUAGAAGGGUUUUUUAAGUUUCUACUGUGGUCUGCUGGACAUAGUUUAGUUAUGAAAGGCUAGAUGGUUUACAAGAUGUCUAUUGGGUAACUUAGCUAUCUGCACAUGAACAAUGAGUAUUUAUUUGUUGCUUUACUGUCUUUGCCACAUGGAAGUAACUAAAUGCUGCUAGAAUUGUCUGCCUUUUCCAGGGGCUUAAUAUCACAUGCAUAAAAAAUGAUUUAGCUGCUGUUCAAUCUACUGCUACUGUAGGAUAACAAAACAAUUGAUUCUAAAUUUGUUUAAGAGAAAAAAUAAACUUUAAAUGCUAUGCUUAAGUAUCUGCACAUAUGUUCACCCAUGUUGUGGUUUAGAGCAGCACUGAACUUAGUUUAAAUUGCAGAUUUACCAACAGUAUUAACUUGACUCAGUCUGUCUUGUCUUCCAUAUUUUCUUUUAAUUUUCAAGAAAUAAACAAUUUUAAUUUACCAACUCUUAACCAUGAACAGAUUCAACUGGAGGGAAUGUACUUCGGAAAUGGCACAGAAUGACUUUUAUCAGUUUGUUUAGUUAAAUUGUACCUUACUCCGCAUAAUGGUUGCUUUUUCUUUUAGCAUAAUAUAUUUUUGGCAAAGGGAACAAAUCAUACUGUUGUUUUGUUAAGCCUUAUGAAGAAUGAUAAAAUACCAAGUGGAACACAAGGGAGUAAGCAAGGCAGAUGCAAUACUUUACAAAUUCGGUUUUGAAGGUCUACUCCUCUUAUUUCUUUCCUGCAAUAUUUUAUAGGUACCUGCUGAAAGGCAGAAAUGACUUGUGCUGCCAAGCUGUGAAGAAUUGUAUUGUAACUGUACUUCCGAUUAUUACCUAAAUUAUUUUUCUUUGGUUUAUACCCUUAAUAUUCCAUCAAUUCGGUUAGAAUUGGAAUUUUAUAGAACAUUGCGCAGAGUUUUCUGCCUUGGCAAAAUAUUUCCUGUAGUAAGAGAUUUCUGUUCUCUGUUAUUUGUAUCUUGCAUUUAUUUGUGUCUAUGUUUCAUGAGCAAAAAUGGAAAAUAUAACAGAAUCAGACAUCUAAUGCUUGCACUACGAACAAUUGGAUUGCUCUGCUUGUUAAAUAGCUUUUCUUUGUUUUACUGACAUGGUCAGUAGCACUCAAAUCACAGAUUGUAAUUGUAAGGAUAUAAAUAAAACAUAUUUUGUGCUUGACUUUCUA